AUCAGCUUCAGUAGACAACGCGGGCAGUGCAGAAUACUACAAUCUCCGACGAACUUGCUGGGCUUUUCACCAACUACACGCAGCCAUGGUUGCGAUGAUGAAGAAACCGAAAGUAUUUCAGAUUAUUUUCACGGAGCCCACGAAGACGUUUUACUGCGGCGGGGACAGAGUGACCGGGCGGGUGGAAGUGGAGGUGAACGACGUGACGCGUGUGUCCGCAGUCAGACUGUUGGGCUUGGGCUGCGCCAAAGUGGAAUACGCCAAAGGCAAGCAGCGAUGUCGGCAAGAGGCGGAAUACCUCCGGCAUGAAGCUGUUUUACGGCUAAGCGACCAACCGACAGACGCCGACGGCUCAGUUGUUUUGAGGCCAGGCAACAAAUACGAAUACUCCUUUGGGUUUGACCUCCCCCAGCAAGGGGCGCUGGUGUCAUCCUAUAAGGGCAAAUUUGGGUAUGUGCACUACUAUGUGAAGGCCAUGAUGGAUAGGCCACAGCAGUCCACCCUGGAGUGCAAGAAACACUUUGAGGUGGAAGAGCCUCUGGAUGUCAACACACCAGAAUUGCUGUCGCCUACAGGAGGUCUGAAAGAGAAGAAAGUCACGUGCAUGUUCAUCCCAGACGGCCAGGUGUCCCUGAAUGCCAAAAUCGACCGGCGCGGCUUCUGCGAGGGCGAAGACAUCUGCAUUAACGCCAAGUUCGAGAACACGUGCUCUCGCAUCGUGGUGCCCAAGGCCGCCAUCAUCGCCAAGCACACCUACCAGGCCAACGGGCGCACCAAGGUCUUCCGCCAGAAGCUGUCGUCGGUGCGAGGAAAUCACAUCAUCUCUGGAAUGUGUGACGCCUGGCAGGGGAAAACCAUUCGAGUGCCAAAGAUCAAACCUUCCAUGCUGAGUUGCAACAUCAUCCGAGUGGAGUAUGCCUUAAUGAUCUACGUCCACAUCCCCGGGAGCGAGAAGCUGAUCCUGGAACUUCCCUUGGUCAUCGGGACGGCAGGUCUGGGUAGCCGCAGCAGCAGCGUGAGCAGUCAGGAGGGCUCCCAAAGCUGGGUGUCCCUCCGCAUGCCCUCCGAGCCCCCGAGCUACUGCGACAUCACCAGCGACUGCCGGAUGGACACGCCGCACGCGCGGCUCCUCGACGACUUUGACGGCGACGACAGCCCAAUCUUCAUGAACACCCCGGCGUUCUGUUUCCCGCCGCCUCCUGCCUACGCGGAGUCUGAGGAGGAGUUCAACGCCAACGCUCACAUGCUGCCGGUGUGCUGAGCGAGGGGAAGCGGCGUGCUCCCGCUCCCAAAGACGCUUCAACUUGAAGAGAAGCACCUCCAAAGUGUUUGAGACGAGGUGGUCACUCGUGGGCUUGUUCUCUCUGCACCUUCCCGCCCGAGUCUUCCAUGGCGGAGCGUUCCAGGCUGCCGCCGCCGACCCUGUGGGGGCGAUUUCUGCUCCGUUUGCAGUCACUUUAUCGCUUGGUCGCAGCCUGCUGUUGGAUUCUGGGGAAGAAAUGUGCUUUCCUCAUCGUGCUUUGUCAUUCCAGGGACACAUCUUUUUCUUUUUUUUAAACUCCCACGCUGUCGGGAAAGGAUGGACGGUGAUGACAUCAUCAUGCCACUAAAGAACGUCGUUCUCUUUUCAAAUGUAUGUUCAACUUUUGUUGUUUGCACAAAUGUGCUUUGUUCUUAAAGCAGGGGGGGUGUCCAAAACACAAAACUUGCGGGAUGCGGGAAUUGGGAGGGGGGGGGGGCGCGGCUAUCUGAACAAAACAUCUUAGCUUGGGGCCUUACUUGGACACCCCUGUCUUUAACCCUUUAAGCGCCAAAGUCGCAAAAUUGCGACAAGCAGCAUCGCUGAAUAACGAGCCAAAUCCUGUAUGAUGCCUCAUGCAGUUGCUGCUUUACACCAGGAGAUGGCGGACGUCUGACUUCAGUCUGAGCAACAUUUGUGGGCAUUUCUAUGCAACGUUUGGGAGUUUCAUGAGCUGAACCCCCGCGUGCUGGCAGCAGCGAAGUCCGCUGGCCGUAACGGUCCACAAGCGACACAUUUUGGAGCCGACGCUUUGCCUCACCGUGUUUGGGGUUGCGGGGGUGGGAGAGACGGCCCGGAGCUUUCCCUUCUACAGCUCACAAGACAAAUUUGAGAUUCUCACCUGAGUGUCAUUUUGAUUUCUGUUUUGUCUAAAAAUGAUUCUCCUAAAAUGCACCAGGAGAAAUAGGCGAGGGCGGUGCGUGGAGCACGGGUGGUCAAAACACCACUCAAGGAGUCGCGGCACAAAAUACCCAACGAAUAGCGGAAGAGGCAGCGGUGGUGUUGAAGAUCCUGCUGUAAAUGUUUUGGGUCAUACUGAUGAUUUUUCUCACGUGCAGUACGCGUUCUCCUCCAACCGUUUUCAAGCUACGACCUUUUGAAAUGUCUAAAGUGAAUAUUUUCUUGGAAAAAAACAGGCGCCUAAAGGGUUCAAGUGUGUUGCACUUUUUGGAUGCAUUUUGCUGUACUACUGCCUCAAAGCGCUUUUGAUCUGAUGUGGAGUUUCCUGUAAAUUGUGGCGUUGUGUAAUCGACAAGCACUUUCCUCUACCCCGUCAGUGCCAAGCAUGAGCUCUUACAACAAAAUACUCGAGGCGCUACUUCUUCGUGCCAGAUGUUACACGGAACACUUGGAUCUUUUUAUGUAGAAUGUCGAGAUAAAACCUGUUUGGUCUGAUUUGCUGUUGUCAUGGACAACAUUUCACUGUGGGAGAUUUCCCAAUGUGGUGUUUCACAGCGAGCUGUCUCUCAGAACGUAAAAGCCAAGACUGAAAAAAUAAAAAGUUGUAAAAAAAAAAGUUUGUAAAGAAUUUUGACACUUGUGUUUUUUAUGGAACCCUAUGGGAUUUUGUAUUAAAAGACGUUUUGAAAAAAGUCA